AUGGAAAAGCAUGCAACAGAUGAAGUGUAUCUUAAAUAUAACGACUACCGUACUUUAAAAGAAAAGUUCAACAGAAAUCCGAAUUACGAAUACGAUUUAAAAUCGGAUGAUAUUCUUAAAACAUAUACUGUUGAGGAAUCUAUCAAAUCUACGUAUAAGGAUGCUUAUAAGGAGUUAUUUAGACAUUUGCACGAUGGUACAGUUAUGUCACAAUAUAUGAUAAAGGGUUGUAAGUAUAUUAGUUAUAUGUUACAUAAUGAAGUAAUAAAAAAACUUAAAUAUGAUUAUAAUUUUGAAACUUUUAAUAUUUUCCAUAAUUUCGUGCAAGCUUACUAUAAAUAUCAGAAAAGUUAUAAUAAUUUAUGCUUACCAAAUAUGGUUUACAUAGAUGAUUAUAAGUAUAAAAAAAUGGAUGCCUUAUAUCGGUUGUAUGAUAAGUAUACUAAGUUUGUAUCACCCAAAAUCCCUCGAAAAACCUCAUCCUGUGAAGAUCUUAAAUUUGUUGUUCAUUUAUAUAAUGAUUAUAUAACUGAUAAUAAAUCUACUAGCAAAUAUUUGAAUGACAUAUUAGACGAUUUUGAAAAGCUUCUUAGAAGCACUAUAGAGAAGCAUAAGAAUGGUUGUACAUAUGAUUAUACUUUAACACCUAUUAUUAAAUUCAUUGAGGAAAAUACACAACAACAUAUUAAGGACAACCAAGAAACACUUGAAGCAAUUACAUCAACAAUAAUAGAAAAACCAUCAUUAACACAACAACCUGAAGUAACAAGUCCCCAUGAUACAUCCAGACAUAAUGAAGGAACCAAAAUAGAAUCGGAAACAUUAGCUUCCAGGGAAUCAAAAGGCAUAAUAACACACGCCCUAGAAACACAUCAAACAGAAGAAAUACAUCGUGCUAUUAGAACAGGAGAUGAUCAAGAAAGAGAAAUUGUAACAAGAGCAUUACCUGAUGAUCGAACACUAAGAACAUAUUCCCUCUACGAUCCAUUAGGUAAAUUAGGAUUAAUUCCUGGAGGAAAAUCAUCAGAACAAUUAACAUUGACACAAGAAUCAUCAUAUAAUCCACAAAAUGGAUUGGAAAAAGACCAAAAAUUCCUGGAAAAUGUACGCAAUACUAUUACUGGUGUUUUAGGAGAAGUUGAUCCCGUACCGGUUGUUGGUGUAUCUGGUGGGAUGGGUGCUUUAUUUUUACUUUUUAGGGUAUUAAAAAUUUUACACUUAAGAGGAAGAGGACCAAGACGUCGAAUCCCUAAUAGUUUUAUUGGACAUAUACCAGGAGCGUUUCCAGAAUAUGAUGAAUAUUAUGACGGACAUUUUACACACGGUCCAAUUAAUAUAUCAUAUCGACCUGAAUAG